AUGCUGUUGAGACGAGUAGCGGCUCAGGCAUCGGCUCACUACCGGCGGCGUUUGCUCACGGCGGCAACGUCAUCUGCUCCAUUGCCGACGUCGCAGCUGUUACGUUUCUUCACUUCCCCAUGUCCUCCCCCUUUUCCGGACGCAGAGAGUAAUUCCGUCGAACACUUGGAAGACUCCAACACCACUACCGCCGCUAAAAUCUCAAUUGACCGCUCUGGAUUGUACAACCCACCUGAGCAUUCGCAUGGCGGGUCGGAUUCUGAGUCGGAGCUUGUGAAGCAUCUAAAAGGAAUAAUUAAAUUCAGAGGGGGUCCAAUAACGGUGGCGGAGUACAUGGAGGAAGUGCUGACUAACCCAAAGGCCGGUUUUUACAUAAACCGGGAUGUAUUUGGAGCUCAAGGAGAUUUCAUCACCUCUCCUGAAGUCAGCCAGAUGUUUGGGGAGAUGGUUGGUGUAUGGAUAAUGUGCACCUGGGAACAAAUGGGACAACCUAACAAAGUGAAUUUGGUUGAGCUUGGACCAGGAAGAGGAACGCUUUUGGCUGACCUCCUAAGAGGUACAUCCAAGUUUAAGAAUUUUACGGACUCAUUGCACAUACACUUGGUUGAAUGUAGUCCUGCAUUGCGAAAAAUCCAAUAUCAGAGCUUGAAGUGUGAAGGCGAAGAUGCCGGUGAUGAGCAAGGGAAGGGGAAGCAUAUUGUGAGUACUAUGACUGGGAGCCCAGUAUCCUGGCAUUCUACGUUAGAUGAGGUUCCAGCUGGAACACCUACUAUAAUCAUCGCCCAUGAGUUUUAUGAUGCCCUACCUGUUCAUCAGUUUCAGAGAGCUUCCCAUGGAUGGUGUGAGAAAAUGGUUGAUGUUACUGAAAACUCAUCGUUUCAAUUCGUUUUAUCCCCACGGCCUACACCUGCAACUCUUUACUUAAUGAAACGCUGCAAGUGGGCAGAAGCUGGAGAAUUUUCUAAGCUUGAUCAAAUAGAGAUUUGCCCAAGAGCUAUGGAUUUAACUCAAAUAAUUGCUAAAAGAAUAGGAGCAGAUGGUGGUGCGGCUCUCAUCAUUGAUUAUGGCCUCAAUGGAAUAGUCUCCGACAGUCUACAGUUUACACCUGAGUUUUUCCAUAAAAGAUGCAAUAGAAUAGCCUGAGCCUUAUGGUCUCGUCAUCUUGCAGGCUAUCCGAAAGCACAAGUUCGUCAAUAUACUGGAUGAUCCCGGCUCAGCUGAUCUUAGCGCCUAUGUUGAUUUUGCUGCAGUGAGACAUACUGCAGAGGAAGCUUCAGGUUUUGCUAUAAUGCAGUGAUAUUAUCACUUUCGCAUCUACCCUUGCAUAUGUUUUUCUAUCAUAAUUCCGAUUGGAAAUUGAUUGCAAAUACACAGUAAAUUUCCUUCUUUUUUUUUUUUUCAUGCACAACCCGCAGCAGGAUGAAGAUUGUAGUACCAUGAUUUUGAUGAAUAAUCUUUUUCUCCCUGCAUAGAAAAUGUGGCUGUCCACGGGCCAAUAUCCCAAUCGCAGUUUCUAGGCUCGCUUGGGAUUCAUUUUCGGGUUGAAGCAUUGCUGGAAAACUGCACUGACGAACAAGCAGAGUCAUUGAGGACGGGUUAUUGGCGGUUGGUGGGUGAAGGCGAAGCCCCGUUUUGGGAGGGUCCGGAGGAGGAAACACCCAUUGGGAUGGGGACAAGGUACUUGGCCAUGGCUAUUGUGAACAAGAAUCAAGGUGUUCCAGUUCCAUUUCAGUAAGGAAACCUAGCUGGAGCGGGUCUUAUUGCCAGCAAUAUAUCGGCAUUCCACUGCUGAUUCUGCACUACUGCCAAAAGAAACAUCAUCUGUGUUGAGCAUUGAAGUUUACCUUGAUAUCGGGUUUAUUUGCACCUGCGGUAACAUCUUAAAUCAGUAGCCAGUAAGAUUGUGAAGGACGACAUGAGAUUUUGAGUAUGAAUGUAGAUUUAUCUUUGCCUAAGUGUGGCUUUGGUAGAGAGCCCUGUUCUUCAGUUGUUGGUUUAGAAACCUUUGGUCCUUUUGUAGAAAAACUUCAGAUUGUGUUAGUACAAAAAGAAUUAAAAAUACUAUUUGGUUUUAUUUUCUAGAAAAUCAAUAGUACUCCCUCGGUCCUUAUUAUAAUGUAUUUUGAUUUGUACUAAAUUUCAUUUUUUGAAUUUUCUAAUUGAAAAUGAA